AUGCCCUCCGCUCUCCAUCUGCCCGUCGAGCUCCUGUACGAGAUAGCCGGCUAUCUUGACGGCCCGGCCGACUUGUCAUCAUGGACCCGGUCCUGUCGUGCUUUUCACGCCGCCCUCACGCCCCUCUUGUACCGUUAUGUGCAGGAAGACCCUGCCGUCAUGUGCUGGGCUUGUGAUGAAGGUCAUGUCAGCAUUGUUCAGCGCCUGUUGGAUGCCGGUGCUAAUCCGGAUGUCGCCUGGGUCCAAAGACACUCGAGAUGGUUGACGUUAAGUGACUUGCGCUAUGCUCAUCCCCGUCUCCAAUCUCAACCAUUCGAGGAGGAAAAUCACCUCUCUUUCGUCCGGCGCGAUGAUCGCCACGUAAAAAUGGUCGUUGGAUUGCCUCCAUGGAUUCUAAAGCAUGUUGGCCUCGGCAGUUACGUAGUAGACUACUUCCUGGAGGACCGGUACAAUAAGCUGGACGGCUACGGCUCGCACGUCGGCCUGAAUUUUCCAGAUCAAUGCUAUUGGACUCCUCUUCAUAUCGCUGCCGCGUGGGGCAAUGACGAGCUCGUCAGCUUGCUCCUAGACAAUGGCGCGGACAUCAAUGCACUCUCGCGCCACUUCUGUCAGUGUGCUAUGCUUCCCGAUUUCGAAGGCACACCUCUUUGGACCCCUCUUCAUACUGCCAUCUGCCACAGACACAAGUCCACCACAAGACUCCUUCUCUCGCGCGGGGCAUCCGUGAAUCUGACGACGCGAUACACGGGAACGGACAAUGAUCGGUUCACUGCCCUCCAUGCCGCCUGUAACGCCGAGUUCUGGGAUGCCGUAUUGGGCAUACUUAACGGAGGAUACCAGACUGAUGUUACAGUUCGUGAUCACAAUGGAAUGACACCGCUAGCCUAUGCUUUUUUUCGAGGCAAUUGGGCUAUUAUUGACCUCCUUCUGGAACACGGCGCAGACAUAAAUGAUAAGCUCGGGCCAUUCAAUGCUUUAGGACAUGCCUGUUUAGUCGGUUAUUAUGCCGAGGCUCUGCGGCUCCUCGAUCUUGGUGCCAUCCCACAACCCUACCUUUUCGAACAUAGACCCAACCCUGUUUGGUUCCAUCUCAUUGCUGUUGCAGGGGCUCCUGACUUCCCAUCACCUCGCUCAUCAAACCAGACUGAAUACCGACUGGAGCUUGUGAAUAGACUCAUUGAACAUGGAAUAGGUGUUGAUGAACGGGGAGCCGAUGGAGCCACAGCCCUCAUGGAAGCUGCUUCAUUCCACAGAGCUGACGUGGUCAAGACGCUAUUAAGUUUAGGCGCUGAUGUGCAUCUUGUUGCUGAUGGAUAUGGAUCUUUGCCCCCCACUGGGGCUCUCCAAAGGGCCGCGAUGUUAGAGUCGGAGGAGGUACGAAAGGCCCCAAACGGAGCUAUGCUUAACACUUCACGGGCGCUGCUUCACGCAAUGGAAGAAGCCACUGAUUCUGCCGCCAUUGCGCUCAACAUGGGGCCUAUGGGUACAAAGCCUCAUAUACCUGCCGAUGACCACAUUGCCCAGGCCUUCGGCCUACUUUGUACACUGCCACGAUCACACGAGGACCAGUCUCAAGUAGCAGCUCUACUACUCCCACACAAAAAGGCUAUAGACUCCGCAUUCGAGAGCCGACCUGACUUAGUGGCGGAAACCAUAAGGGAAACAAACUUCGACAUCGCUAAAUUAUUACUUGAUUACGGAUUCAACCCACCGUGCAGGGAAAUGCUUGAGAACCUUAUAGAUGAUUUCAUCGCCAUAGAUAUAAGCGAAGGGCUCUAUUACAUAUUGAAGCAAUUCCCAGAAACCACUCUUCAGAUUCACAGCAGCCAGCUGCUCUUUGAUGCUGUUGCCACUGGGAGUGAGGAUUGUUUGGAAUUUUUGAUUGAACAAGGAGCCUCUCUUAGCUGCCGGAAUGAGAAAGGAGAGAGUCUGCUUUUUGUUGCUUGUUCGAGCCAAAAAACCAGCACUGCUGAGGUGUUGUUGAGAAACGGAGCGGAUCCCGACGAAUAUACACAAGACGGAAGACUACUGACGACUGUAGCUGCUCUUCAGCGUGACACUGGGAUGAUCCAUGUCUUCUUGGAAUAUGGCGCUUCUAUCUACAAUAUCCCACAUCCAAGCAAAAAGUCGCUGGAUUCUGACAUGAGUCUACUUGAUAUGGCUAUCACUUUUGGACUAGAUGAUGUUGUGGAAGAAAUAGUUCGCCACAAGAAUUACUCCACGCCCACUGACGAGGAAAUCUCAACACAUUGGCACACCUUGAUCAAUGCCCCCAGAAAUCAACUCGAAAUGUUUGAUGCCCUCGUUUAUUCUGGGGCAUUGAAUGUUGAUCAUAUUCUUACAGUCCCAGACCAGGCUAGUAAGGCCCUAGCAACUCCAUUGCAUAUGCUUACCGCACUCAACUGGGUCGUACUCGUCCACGUACUAGUCUCGCUCGAUGCUGAUAUUCACAAAUUACUUCCAGUGAGAUCGAAUAGCCAACAUCAUACCCUAAGACUUCAGCGUAGGCUUAGUUCCGUGACCAUACGUGGGUUUGAGGGUACGACUCCUCUCGGAUGGGCAAUCGAAAAUUCAUCGUUAAGAUUGGUCCGGGCAAUGUUCUCGGAUCCAUUGCUUGACCAUGAAACUCAACGUGUAGAUGUAACGCAAAUCCCACAGUGUCGGAGGGACUUGAUGCUCUACUACGCAAAAGCUGUUUGUCGCCGUCAGGAUCCCGUGGCCUUUUCUCUCUUAUUCAAACACGGCCUGGAUCAUACUGUUCACGACGAAGAUGGGAACACGCUCGUCCAUAUGAUAUGCGAUGUCGCUGAGACUUAUCAACCCAACGACGAAACACAUCCCUGGGGCCUAGACACUCCUGCUGAAGACUCGGCUUACUGUAUCGUUGCGUGUGUGGAACGGGGUGUUCCAUAUCAACAAAGGAACAAGCAAGGUGCGUCUGGGACAGACCGCGUGCUCGAGAUAUUGAAUUACGCCGGCAAUUCUGCGUAUCGUCAGAAGCUUGCGGAGAAAUAUCGACUGAAUAUUGCUUUCAUCAACGAGCCGGAGCCGCAGUUGGUGGCUCAGUGUCCUGCGCUUGAUGACUUGGAUGAGGAAUCCGAUGAUGGUGAGGACGAUUUCUUUGCAGAGCUUGAUGACGCCGAAGAGGAGGAGGAUAGCGACGAAGAGGGGGAUAAUGACGAAGAGGGGGAUAACGACGAAGAGGGGGAUAACGACGAAGAGGGGGAUAACGAUGAAGAGGGGGAUAGCGACGAAGAGGGGGAUAGCGAAGAGGAGGGGGAAUGGUAA